GUGAUUGGAUUACAUAACGCAACUUUAGCCUUACACGUAGCUUGUUACAACGAUACUUCAUGAUGUACGGAAACGGAGGGCGGUUUAACGGAAACGGAGGAGGGAUGAACAAUAACGGAGGGAACAACGGGGGUAACAGAGGCCGACCGAACGGUAUACAAUGCUAUGACUGUGGUAAAUAUGGGCACUAUGCUCGUGACUGCUGUGCUAAACGCGGGAAGCCGGCUCAGCACGAUGACGAACUUCAUGUGUUCGUACGCGAUCUAAUGAAAGAGAAGGUUGAGGAGAGGAAGAAAAAAGAGGAGGAACAACAGAAAGCGAGGGAAGAAGAAGAGAGAAGAAGGGAAAUGGAUAUGGCGAGAAGGACGGAAGAGAUGAGACUGCAACUCCAGGCAGAUAUCGCGGAGAAAUGGAGACUACAACAAGAAGAGGCGACUCUGAAGGCGAGAGAACUCGACAAGAAGAAGAACGACGAGCCUGCGAACCAGAAACUGGUUACUUCGCAGGUUCCUUCGACGAGCAAAGGGAUCGCGAAGAAGUAUGGGAAGAAAGGGAAAGCCAAGAAGAUCUCAAGGAAAAAGAAAGAUACGAAGAGGUAUGUCGAGUCCCUUGAUUCCUCUUCCUCGUCAGAAACCGAGGAGAGCGAUUCUUCGGAGGGUGAGACUACGGAGUCGAGAGACGAAAGCCCGAAGAUCAGGGAUAGAAGACGGCGCGGAGGUAAGAAGUCGAAGGUGAGGAGAAAGCAGGCAAGGCUAUCGGAGGAGAGAAGUAUUCCGUGGAGAACCAUAGAAAAAGGAGAAUGCUCGCGGAGAACGGGAACCCCUUCGACGCCGCCAGCAACACCCCGGAAGAUGACCUUUGAACUGAAGACCCCGCUGUCGGAAGGUUACAAAGGCAUCCCUGCCGGAUGCUCGAAGGAAGGUUUUAUGGACUAUACACUAGCAGUCCUAAAACAGUACUCCGCUAAGAAAGCGAUGGCAUUGAAGGUGUUAUGUACGAAGUACGGAAUCAAAGCAACCAAGAAAAAGGACAUGGUGAUGGAACUGGUCAGGAGACAGACGAAAUUGGCAUACGAAGGUUACUUCACGACACCACUCACGAAGAAGACAACAACUCUGAAGAUAGGCCGAGACGAAGAGAAGACCCCUCAAGCUGCACCUGAAGCUGGAAAGUCUACUAUGACGACCUGAGGCAAGGCAAAACUGAACCAAGAUACACCACGAGUCGCUCUUCGA